AUGAGUAAAAAAUUAAAGAACUUAAAAUGGAAUACUGUUGCUUUAGAGGGUUUCCCUGCAUCUGUCACACAGAAUUUGCAAGGGUUUGUAGGUUUAGAAGAGUGUACAACUUAUGGCAUGGAUAAGGAAAGUAAACGCCCGAAAAAGAAAAAGGUUCAAAAUAAACGUAAAAUCCCAAAUUAUGCACCCGAAAAUGAAAUACCAAACAAGAAAGUGAAACUAUCUAACGGUUUUAUAGUAGAAAAUUGUGAUUCUGCUACUCCAUCACUGAAUAAUAAAAUUUUUAAAGUUUUUACGUAUAGUAAUGAAAAUAAGAUAUGUAAGAGCAAUAAACCUGAAAAGAACUCUAUAAAACCCGUAAACACAACGGCGAGUACUAACAAUGUGAAAAGGAGUAAAAACAAAGCGAGACUUGGUGAACGCACUGAAGAGAAUGAGUCAAAUUUGACUCCAGAAGACAUGUUAACUUGGGCCGAGUUCAAAUUGCCUGAACCUAUAUUAAAAGCUUUAGCCGAGUUGGGUUUCAAACAGCCUACUAAAAUCCAGCAGUUAACUUUGCCUGCUGCUGUUCAUGGCCGUAGAGAUAUUCUAGGUGCAGCAGAGACCGGUAGUGGUAAGACUCUAGCAUUUGGUCUCCCAAUCUUGGCCGGAAUCAUGAGCCUAAAAGCGAAAGCUGAAGCCAAGGGUAUGGAUGUUUACGAUAUACCAUAUAAAAAGACUUCUAAUAAAAAGAAAAAGGAACCAGAGAUUAAGAAACCUAUGAAAAAGAUUAUCAAUAAAAAAGAUAAUAAAAAUGAUAAACAAGCCCCUAAACUCAAAGAAUCAUUUGAAGAAGGGUACAGUACCGCUGAAGAUAGUGAAGCAGAAAAUGAAGAAGAAAACCAGUUAAAUAACAAUAAAACAAAUUCUGUUAAACUCAAAAAUAUUGCUAAAACCAGAAACAAAAUAAAACAAAAUGAUAAUAGAGUACAAUCAGCUAAAACGAAUGGCAAUAAAAUUAUAAUAAAUAAAACAAAAGUAACUAAAUUACCAUCCAAUGAUGAUGAUUAUUUAGAGGAAAUAGAAGUGCCUCUAAUAAAAAGAGAUGCAUCUGAAGAAUUUGAUGAAAGUGAUGGAAGUGAUGAUAAUUACAUUCAUUUAUCCGAUAUGUUGGACUCUGAUGAUUUAGCUGAUAGCAGUAGUGAUGAUGAUACCUCCAAUUUUAAUGAUAAUAUAAAAUCAGAUGAUGAUAAUGAAAGUGUAGAAGUAUUAGAUAAUGACAUCUCAGAAGAUGAAGAUAAUGGAUCUAAUAGUCCCAAUGAUUCUAAUGAAAAUGAUUUAUCUGAAAAUGAAACCAGUGAAGAAUCUGAUGCAAAUAAUGAUGAUGAAAGUGGUAGUGAAUUGGAGAAUGACGACAAAGACUCUGGGGAAGAAAUUGAAGAUUCCGGAGAUGAGGGAGAUGAAGCAAUGAUUGAAGAUGAAGGAGGUAUUGGCUGCGUAAAAGUGAUAGACAACAUAGAUAUUCCAGCACCUGUGGUCACGAAGACCGGCAAGCCGUUGUACGCUCUUAUAUUGACUCCAACUCGUGAGCUCGCCAUACAGAUUAGCAACCAUCUGAAGGCGGCUGCUAAGUAUACAGGAAUUAGAAUAGCAACGAUAGUGGGUGGCAUGGCGUCAGUGAAGCAGGAGAGGUUGCUCCAGUGCGGGCCCGAGGUGGUCGUGGCUACGCCGGGGCGACUAUGGCAGCUGCUGCAGCAGGGACAGCCGCAUUUGCAGCAGUUGGACUGUGUAAAAUUCUUAGCUAUUGAUGAGACCGACCGCAUGAUCGAACGCGGUCACUUCGAAGAGCUGCAGCCUUUGCUCGAACGCCUUAAUGUCGAUGACGAUAGGCGAAGCUCGAGACAGAAUUUCGUCUUCUCUGCCACGCUAACUAUGGUACAUGAGCUGCCGGCACAUAUAAAGGGAAAGAAGGUGACGAAGAGAGGAAAAAUAAUAAAUCGUAAAAUUGAAAAAAUGACGCCGCAACAAAAAAUCCAUAGAUUGAUCAAAAUGAUCGGAAUGACCGACCCUAAGGUCGUGGAUAUUACUACUAAAAAUUUAGGCACGGCCGAAACCUUAACAGAGAGCAAGAUAGCAUGCUCCCUUGAGCACAAAGACGCAUAUUUAUAUUAUAUAUUAAAACGACACCCGGGCAGGACUAUUGUAUUUUGUAACUCCAUUGGAUGCGUUAAGAGAUUGUCGCAACUAUUCACAAUAUUAAAAUGCCGGCCGCUGCCGUUGUACGCCAGCUUGCCUCAAAAACAACGACUUAAAAAUUUAGAAAGGUUCCGCGAUGAUCCCCAUGGCGUGCUCAUAUCAACUGAUGUGGCGGCGAGAGGUCUGGACAUACCCGAUAUUGACCACGUCAUUCACUAUCAAGUACCGCGGACCGCUGAGAACUACGUGCACCGCAGUGGACGUACAGCGCGCGCCACGAAGGAAGGCCUCACAAUCCUCAUGAUGGAACCUGCUGAGGCUUUUCUCUACACUAAACUCUGUCGCACUUUAAAUAAGACCACCGACCUCCCGACUUUUCCAAUCUCCCCCACAACCCUCUCCCCUCUUAAGGACCUAGUCGCUGUCGCGAGAGAAAUCGACGUCCUAGAGCUAAAGCGACGAAGAACUACGCAAGCUCUCAGCUGGCGUGAUAAAGCUGCUAGAGAUAUGGAUAUGAUUGUUGAUGAUGAUGACCUGUAUCCUUUUUUUUAA